AGGAGGAGAGAGGAGGAACAGGUGAGGAGUAAAAAGAAGACUUGAGGAGUAAAAGGUGGAGGUUGGAGUUAAGCUAAGGAGAAGUUGAGGUGGAGUUAAGUUGAGGAGGUUGGAGGUGGAGGUGAAGGAAGAGCAGCAGCGAUGGAGCGCGGUGUGAUCCGGCUGACUCACUGUCAGAAGCAGAUCUUCUGUUUCUCGGUACCGGAGGAGUGUCCGAGCUGUGGGGAGGAGCUGAGGGGGAGCAGACUGCAGGAGGCGCCGGUUAGCCUGCCCUCCCCCCUCACCAACGCACACAAGAGCUCCUGCUGCCUGCUGAUCACACCUGCUGAUGACAACAGGGAGUUUGACGGGACAUCAGAUCUUCACACCGGCAUCUCCAACACUGCAGGAGUUGUGUAUAACUACACUCGAGGGGGAGUGCGUAGAGACCACAGUGGAUGGGAGCGCUGCAUCAGCGUUCCUCUGGUCCGACCUGACAUGUUCCACCUGCUGGCUCAGUGGGACCAGUACCUGGACCGCUUCUCUGACGGACCCAUGUGGGACCCGGCUUGGCGCAGGUUCGAUGAGGAGAACCAUAACUGCUUCAGCUUCUGUCUUCAGUUCGUGAACAGCGUCCUCGCUGCAGAGGGACGCAGUGCUCUGAGCAGAGAAACGUUCACUCACAGCUUCAUCCUGCCAAGGAUGAGGAGGGUCAACAAAUACACCACACUGUACCAACACAUCCAGAGACACCAAUACUACAUGGUGGACAGACAGGAGGACAGACAAGCAGAGGAAACAUGAAAAC